AUGGCAAAAGAGAAGCGAACAAAGCCAUGUUCAAACUGUAAACGAUCCAAAGUUAAAUGUAUAUAUACAAAUACUUUACCUUGUGAAAGAUGUAUAAAGACAGGUCAAGGUCUGCAUUGUCAGUUUGUACCAAAACUUCCAUCAUUGAAAUUACCUCCAUUGAGUAAUAGUGAGGGUCACGAGUUGAGUUUACCUCCGUUGGGAGUUACUGCGUCAGCAGGUGGUGCGAACACGAGCGUGAGCGUGAGCUUCUUAAUUCCCACUAAUUCUAUAUCAAAUCAUGCUCAUACCACUAAUAAUGAUGGUCAUUGGCGUUCACAGAUGGAAGAUAGGAUGAAUAAUGUAGACAAUAAACUAAAUGAUCUAGUGGAUAUAUUGAAGAUGAACCAGCAAUACUUAUUGGAAUCACAACGGAGAACUCAACAGCAUUCUUUACUACAGCUGCCAUAUUAUAACCAUGCCGGAGUACCGUUACCUACAAAUACAAACGCAAGUACAAACACAAACACAAACACUAGACACGAGUCCCACAAACGACCUCAUUCUUAUACUCAACCAACAGCCGAAGGCAAACCACCUAAGAAGCACAAGUCAGAUGAGCUACCAGAAGAUUUCCGUAACGGUUUUCUAUCGAAGGAAGAAGCUACAGAAUUGUUUACUUUCUUUGAUACCAAUAUAUCUCAGCAAUUAUUUGGUUUUGAAAUAUCGAAAAUAUCCAUUGAUUCUAUUUGGGAUUCUUGCCCUUUAUUGGUAUGUGCAAUUUGUUCCAUUUCAUCUAUUCAUCAUCCCGAGUUAUCUGCUAAAUCAUCCUCUUUACAAAGUUAUUUGCAUAAUUUAUGUUCCACCAUUCUAUUUAAGGGUAGACCGAAGAAUGAAACUGAUGGCUUCAAUACUAUAGUAGCUUUGGUAUUUUGCAGUUUUUGGUUAACUGAUUCUCAAAUGUUUACUGGAUUAGCAUUGCAGUUGGCCAAAGAAUUCGGUAUGAAUAACCCUUAUACAACAAACAAAGACAAAUUGAAAUUAUGGUAUUUAUUAUACAUAUUGGAUGGUCAACAGAGUCUAACAUUCAAUAGACAACCUUUAGUUAAUGCUCAAGAAUAUUCAUUGAAGAACAGUCGUGAAAUUCUCCUUUCAGAUAAAUUAAAGUUGAAGCCUACUGCUUCUACUACUAAUCUUUUAAUUGAAAAUAAAGACGGAGAAAAGGAUGACAACUAUAAGGAUAGAGAAUCAGAGUCAGAGUCAGAGUCAGAGAGACUCACUGACAUGCGGUUAGUAUCUCAGGUAGAAUAUAAUCAAGCAUUAAAUGAAGCAUUCAAGGGAAACGCUUGGGAUUUAUUGAUGCCUUCAUCCUUUGGAAUUCCUUCUAAGUCGAAUUUGGAAUUAGAUAGAUGGAUGGUAUCAUGGACUGUUUUAUUAGCACCAGGUAACCAUGGUGCUGUUUGGUCAUCCAAAUCCACUUUGAUCUAUUAUAACUUUGCAAAAAUGCAUAUAAAUUCAUCAGCUGUACGUCAAUUACAGAUAAACCCAAGUGAUGAAAAGAGUAUGCUUCCAAAGUGGGAGUCAACAGUCAAAGUUUUUGAUAAGAGAAUAGAAUCAUCAAAUGAUAGUAAUGAUCAUCAAACUGAAGAAGAAGAUGAAUUUAUUUCAAAUAAAGAGUUGAUGUCAGAAGAUGAGACUAUAGUGAGUGCAAAUAUUGCUGUAAAUGCUGCUCAGACGGUAUUGAACUUGGUAAUUAAUGAUAAUGAUAUUCUCGAUAACUUAAAGUAUGUACCAGUUCAUAUCCAUAUAAUGCUUUAUUAUGCUGCCUUAUUAUUAAUUAAUCCUCCAAUAAAAUCAAAUAAUAAGUCAAUAGAACUUUCAGAGAAAGAUUAUCAUUUAAAAGUAUUACAAAAUUUGGAAGUUGUAAAGAACUUACAAAAGAAGAUUUACACAAAUCUACCAAUUGAUACAAAAUUUGGUAAUCGAUUAAUCCGAAGUUUGGAUGAAAUGAUAGAAGAAAAACUAGCCGUUAUACGAGAAAAGGUUAAAACUUUCCCGGAUGAAGAUAGAAUUCUACUAGAACGAGGAAUAAUGGCAUUAGCAGAUAAUUCAAAAAAUAUUGUCGAAAUUUUUGAUCACGAUUCGAGUCAUAGAGGAUCAACGCCAGAAAGAAUUGCAGCAUGGCCAGGAUCUAACCAUGGUCAUCCCUAA